AUGGGGAAACAGUUGAAUGCUCUGCUGGGAAGAAGCUCCAACGCCUCGAAGAAGCUAAGGACGGUGGCAAAUAUCGCAGUCUCUAGAAUCGUCAUUCUCAGAAACCUUCACAGCGUGAGAUGCAGCCAAGCAAGAUCCGAUGUGAUUCAGCUGCUGCACCAACAACCUCAUCAACACCAUGCUCUCGUUCGAGUUGAGCAAGUGAUCAAGGAGCAAAAUUCAUUGGAUGCACUGGUUAUGAUAGAGAUGUGCUGCCAUAUAUUGAAGGAGAGCACUGAGAUUAUCACAAACAGCAGGGAGUGUCCGGAUGAGGUGAAGGAGGCGGUAUCAAGCUUGAUCUUUGCUGCUUCGAGAACUGGAGAGUUCCCGGAGCUGCAAGAGAUUCGCCGCAUCUUCACUUCCAAAUAUGGCAAAGACUUUGCAUAUAGUGCUGUGGAAUUAAGAAAUGGCUGCAGAGUUUAUCCCAAGUUGGUAGAGGGAUUAUCGACCGAGAGAGCGAGUAUGGAGACCAGACAAAAUCAGCUUAAGCAAAUUGCAAAAGAAAAUGGGAUUACUCUAGAAUUGAGCAGAAACAUUGAUCUGCAAGAAGAGAGUAAAGAUUUAAAAGAUAUUCCCAUGAAAGAUGAUUACGAUGAGGUAGCACCAGCAGCUCGAGAUGCAAUCGACUCAGAUGGCGCUGUUGCAGCUGGAGAUGCAUUCGGCUCAGAUGAUGAUGGCUCCAAUGCAAUGUGCGGAUCAGAUGAUGAAGAAAUAAUAGAGAAUCUAAAUGUAUAUAAUGUGCAAAAGAAUGCCGAAAUGUCAGAGGACAAGGUUUUUGAUGCACAAGUGAAUGGAAAAACAAUACUCCAUGAUACACCUUAA